AUGGUGGAGUACCUCCAACAGGCAGAGGUCAACAGGCCGUACCCCUAUGUCCUUGCCCUAGGAGAUGAAGGUUUUUGCUCACAGGCUUUUGUUGUCCUUAGUCCUUUCCAAUGGCUGGGCCAGCAGAUGAAGGACAUUUCUGGAGAUGGAGGAGUCCUGAAACAGGUGGUCCAACCUGGAACAGGCCUGUAUUUACCCAAAGAUGCUUCAGUAUCAAUUCGUUUCUCUGGCUUUCUGGAAUAUUCAGACAAACCUUUUGACAGCAAUACACAGCUGAGGCACCCACACAUGAUGAAACUAGGGCGAGAGCUGACUCUGACUGGCCUGGAGCUUGGUCUGUUGUCCAUGAGGAAAGGAGAGUUUUCCCGUUUUCUCCUGAAUCCUCAGUAUGCCUAUGGGAAGAUGGGCUGCCCUCCGCUCAUUCCCCCUGCAGCCACAGUCCUGUUCGAGGUGCAGGUCAUCGACUUCUUCGACUUUACCCGAGUGGACAGCUUUACCCAAUUGAAUCUGGAGGAGCAGAAUGGUUUACCUCUGUCCACACUCCUCGACGUGGUCAACAUGCUGCGCAACUUCGGCAAUCGUUGCUUCAAACAGAGCAGAUACUUCAUCGCCAUAGAAUACUAUAAACAGGCGGUUGUACUGCUUAGGAACAGGAAGACUGGGACAGUGGAGGAGAGAGAUGGGGUGAAUGCAGCCCUCCUGCCCCUCUACACCAACCUGUCCCUGAACCAUCUCCGUCUGGAAAGCCCCCAGAAAGCAUUGAAGAACUGCAGCAAGGCUUUGGAAAUAGACCCCAGCAACACCAAGGCCCUUUAUCUCUGUGGACAGGCCUACUUGGAGAUGUAUGAUUAUGAGAAGGCCCAUGAUUAUCUCGUAAGGGCUCAAGCAAGGAAGCCCUUUGACAGAGAUAUUAACAGCCUACUGAUGAUGGCUGCCAUAGGCUAUAAAGAUGACUUGGACAAACAAAAAGAUAUGUACUCCAAAAUGUUCAAGACUUCAGGGUACUGCGUACAACGUGAAGGUGAGAUGCCUCUGAUCCCAGAGAAGUCUAUGACACUUCUGGACACGGUUAACAUAAGGUUCCCUAUCGGCAGCCAUACCAACAUGGACCCUGGCUCUGUCGAAUGA